GUCAACUUGUUGGGAAAUUGUUGGAGUGAAAAUGGUAACCUAUCUGAUAUGCCUUCUCGUGGUCGUGGCUUGUUUUGCACAUUCAGCACUGGGCAGCUCGAUAGUCUGCGAGGGGUCAGACAUUUGUAUGAACUGUCCACCCGGGACGACCAUAUACGUGGGCUCGGCCAUUUUCGGGCGCACACAGGGAGCGGCCAUUUGUCCCUCUCAGCAAAUGUUCAACACAAACUGCACGUCGACAACCUCCACAGCCAAGGCCCAGUCUUUGUGUAACGGGCAAAGCCUGUGUUGUCUCAAUGCGAACAUCAUCGUAUUUGGAGACCCUUGUCCUACCACCUACAAAUACCUUGAGGUUAACUUCGCCUGCUUCUAAUUUUCCUGGCUGUACUGCUUUUAUACAUUUUAUUUUAGCUGAAAGAAAUACUCCUGUUAUAUUAUGCUAAAUUACAUCUUUCAUUUAAAUGUUCUUUUAUUGACUGUUUUAAACUUAUGAAUUUUUGUAAUCGAGCUAAAGGGCAAGUUCUGUUUGCUACUAUAAUAUGUUGUAUUUAAAUUCCGAUUCAUGUUUUUAUGUUUGUUUCCAAAAUAUGUAAGUGCAGCAUGUCGUAUGUUUCCUCUCAUUCUUCCCAGUGAUGUGUUAAAGUAAGCGUUAUUUGAAUAAUUGCAUUUAUAGAUGUUUAGAUAGACUUUGAUAUUCUCCAUGGAGUAAAACGACUAGCCGAUUUUGAAGUUAAUGUACUUCAAAUGUUAAUACGUUAUUAUAGUGUUGUUGGAACGAUUGAAUGAUCGGAUUUCUUACCUGAUGAAAAUUCCCAGGAUAUGGAAACAUAAGGAACUACUUAAGAUCAAUAUUAUGUGUUAUGUGUUGUUUUUUCUCGCCAGUUAAAUAUCUUUUUCCUUUGGAUUAAUUAUUUGCCAGAGCACUCGUAAUGUUCUUUUAUUCAUUUCUCGUCUUGUUCUGCUUUGUUUAGAUAUAAAGCCUACCAUUAUGCAUAUCCAGCUUAUUCGUUAUAACCGUAUUAAAUUUGCUACUAAUAAUGAUGAAUGUUUGUUGUAUAUGUGUUAUAUAUUGAUAUAAAAAUCUCGAACGUUUAAUUAA